UGGACUCCAUUCUCAGACCUGUGUCUCCGUAUACGAUAUAUCAAGGUCAGACAAAAAUCAAAUUGUAAUUUUUCAAUGCUUACAUAUUGCGAUGGCCUUUACACCCAUACAUUAGACCAAAAAUGUUUUCAAAUGAUGUCUCAGGUGAUGAAUUUUCCUGAGACACCACUGGCAACAUAUCUUCCGUUGACAGAAGUAGAUCGACAAGUUACAGGCUUUUGUUACGUAUGAGCCCUUUUCAGUCAUAUGUAGCAGAGGUCAUCAACCGACGCGAACUGGACAGAAGCUCACCAACCAAGAUGAAGGCAUUUUACUACACCUGUCUUAUGCUACUUCCUGUUGUUGUCUUCAGUGCACCAGCUGGCGGAGGAUAUCGCCAGGAAAUAAGGGAUCUAGAAGAUAUGAUGGCUCAAUUUAUGCACCUGGAUAAGCCGAAACCAACCAUCGCCCUGGCAGCAGCGCAGACUGUAAAGGCAGAAGAGAAUUACAAGAAGGCCGCCGAGACAAGGGGACUGGAAGACAUGAUGGCUCAGUUUAUGCCGAACCUGGAUAAGCCGAAACCAACCAUCGCCCUGGCAGCAGCGCAGACUGUGAAGGCAGAAGAGAACUACAAAAAGGUCAUUGAAGACAAUGACCUUACAGAUGCACUGGAGAAGCUGGAGACUGACGUCCUCUUGCUGAAAGUCCGGAGGAUGGUGGAAAAACUAGGGGAGCUGCUUCAGGCCAAGAAGCGUGCUUAGUGUGGUCAAAAGCAUUUGACCCUGUGCCUCAACUACCUACAUGUAUCUUUAAACUACAAUGCAUGUGGUAGUUGGUGGUUAUCUUAUAUAAUGUUCUUGACAAGUUAAUUAGCACUGCUGAGGUAGUGGUUUUGCACCAAGUUGUAUUGGAUAUAGAGUGGGUAGUAAGGAGAUGGUUGACUAAUCUGACCACAUAUUUAGUACAUGUACUAGAUCUAUGGAUGUUGGUCCACUAUUUUGAAUUCAGUUGUCAUAGGUGAAAGAUCUGUCAUUACAAUUACAUGCACUUAAAUAAUUACUAUGCUGAAAUAGGACAGUACCAUCACUGCUUUGGGAGGCCUUGGGCAACACAGUUGUGCAAGCACAACUAAUUCACUGGUACUAGUGAAAUGAUACCAAGUGGUACAAGUGAAGUAUGUUCAACUACCUACUUUUGCAAAUAGUGAGGAGUGCUAAG